AUGGCAGGGCCAUCUGCUCUGCUUGUGUCCAUCAGACACCAGGCAGCGGCUCUCUGCACUCUCCAGGCUGCUGCAGCCCCCCAUCUUCCCUACAGCCCCCCCCAGCCUUCCCAAACCUUUAGUGCCAGCAGGUCUGGCACAGCUUGGCACAGCCCAGGAGCAGUGAUGGAGGUGUCCAAGCCUGGUGGGGCUCAGGAGCUGGAGGAAGAGAGAAAAACCCUAAGGAAAAGCCCUAAGGAGGGAGAAGAGAGUGAAGACCUGUCUUCUCUCAGCCCAGGUGAGCCCAGGCCAGAGAGGCUGGCACGGCCAAGGCUGGCAAGGUGUGAGACACUUCGAGAGAAGGCUCUGCGCAGCAAGAUGUCCCGAGUAGUAGAAGCAACUUCCCGGCUUGUACAAGUAGAACAGUCUCUCCUGCUCCCUCUCCUACAGCAGCAUCCUCUUCCUCUCCACCCAAAA